UCAGGUGGCUGAUUUGUGCCUGGCUGUAGCAGCAGCGACAGAGUCCCUUUUACAGUCCUCUGCCUAGACCCACCCAGAAUCUACCAGGCCAUGGAUGCAGUGACUGUGUAUCAUGGGAAAAUAAGCAGGGAGACUGGAGAGAAGCUCCUGCUUGCCACGGGGCUGGAUGGCAGCUAUUUGCUGAGGGACAGCGAGAGUGUCCCAGGCGUGUACUGCUUGUGUGUGCUGUACCAAGGUUACAUUUAUACAUACCGAGUGUCCCAGACAGAAACAGGUUCUUGGAGUGCUGAGACAGCACCUGGGGUACAUAAAAGAUUUUUCCGGAAAAUAAAAAAUCUCAUUUCAGCAUUUCAGAAGCCAGAUCAAGGCAUCGUAAUACCUCUGCAGUAUCCGGUUGAGAAGUCCUCUGCUAGAAGCACACAAGGUACUACAGGGAGAAGAGAUUCUGAUGUCUGCCUGAAAGCACCAUGAAGAAAAAUAAUACACCUUGUACUUUAUUUUCAAUAAUUUAAAUAUAUGCUAAGUCUUGUAUAUUGUAGAUAAUAUAGUUCAGUGAGCUAUAAAUGCAUUUCUAACAUCAUCAUAGUCCUGUACUGGAAGUAUGUAGUCUGAUGUUAAAGUUGAAAUGGAUAUUGUAGAUAAUGAGAAGUUUUGAAAUGAGGAUUGGGAAAAAAUAAUUCCUUAGGUUAUUUUUAGUUAUUAUAUUUACAAAUAGGAGACAAUUUAAAGCAUAAUGAAUACUUUAUAGAUUAAUGUCAGUUCUUGCCAAGUAUAAAUAAAAAUAAUUCUCUUUUUUUUGUAAAAAGCACCAUUUUUAGUGAAAUGUUAUUUGAUAGUUACCUAUUUUUAAAUUCUUGCUUGAUUGUAUGGUGGAAAGGUGGUUGGUGUUCCUUGUCUUUGUCGCAUACAGUUCUUCACUCGCUAUGGUGUAAUAGGCUCUUUUGGGAGUUAUGAAGAAGUAUGCUAAAAUAAGUACUAAAGAGUAAAGAAUUUUGUUUAAAUCUCAAAGAAACCUUCUUGCCAUGUUCUGAUGUUGGGUAGUAAAUUUCACAGACCAUUUUGGAAUUUAAAAUCUUAUGCCUUACAUGUUUAUUGUAUUUGAUGCUAUAGGUUUUGAAAUUAUAUUUGAAAUCUGAUGAACCAUA